CACGAUGGGUGUGGGAGGCGCGUUCAUGAAUGAUGAAUGCCCAAGGUUACUUCAACAACGUCAACCACUACAUCCAUCAGACAGUACAACAAGUUCACCCCGACCGCGUUUUAGGAGUUUUCUGCUCUAUUUUCUGACGAGCCUGGCAUUUUCGACACAUUUGUUGGGCACUUAUUCGGCUCUACUCUCAACAUGCCACUCGUCGUUCCCGCCCUCCGUCUGUUCAUGGUUUUUAUGAAUGUGUAUGACACGUACAAGACUCUCAAAAUACCGCCUGGACGCAAGGGUGGUCCCCCUAGCAUCAAGACAAUGACUCAGAGAAAGAGGGACCUCAAGGGGUGUCUUGCAGUUUGGGUUGUUUGGUGCUGUCUUGCAGCAUAUGAAAGAACGUUUGACCGUUUUGUCAGCUUCAUCGUACCGUUCUACAGUGAAAUCAAGUCAGUUAUGCUAGUGUUUCUCUUGCUGACCCGUGCCAAGGGGGCUGAACCUCUCUACUUGCAUAUUCUGCGCCCACUCAUUAAACCAUAUGUGGACACCCUGGACCCAUUGCUUGACUUAGCAAGGGACAUUGGAGAUUUUCUGUUUGCUCUCUCACAAGUUCCGCUCAAUUAUGUACUCUCCCUAUGCUCGGGUCUGCCAUGGCACACAGAAGAAAAUGAGUCAGCCGCCGACCUUUCCGAAAAUACUUCAGAAUCGAGCACGACACGCUCUAGCAGUGACUCUAGCAUACCCAUUGCGGCUAAAACAUAUCCUACCGCGGAUUCAAAUCCCCGGGUUGCGGAAAAGCGCUCAGCCACUGUCCGCAGCGUCUCCGAUAAUAGGGUGCGACCUAAGUCCCGUCAACCUACUGUUGAUUCCUACGAGAGCAUGUCGCUCCGCAUGCGACAUUCCAAGUCGUCCUCGAUGACAACUCUCCCACAUUAUCCCAAUAACACAGUUGGUCGUAUUCAUGCGCGUCCCGCAGUAAGCAAUACCAGAACAGCUGCCUAUCAAAUCUGGCAUCCGCCGCCGCCUGCGUACGAAGAGGGACACAGACGAAGCCGUUCAUCUAUUGGACGAUCGGAGACAGUCAAUGCAUCUACUCCCAAUUUGCUGACCCCUCCGCCAGCGGUUUUUGUCAGCGAGCCCACUGACGAAGACUGGAGAGGGUACCCACCUUUCCCUUCAGCAUACCCACCGACGCCCUUGACUGCAUCUCACUCUCUUGGAGCCACGCCAUUCGGACAGGAUAAUUCCAUCCACUCACCUUCUGCCCAGGUCACCGUAAUUUCGCCCAUUCCGGAGGAUACAUUAAUGAACCACAGCCAGGAUUUUGAUGUGUCGCUCCCGCAAGCGCAUGAGCCCGCGAGCCCCGGCUCUAGCAGCUGCUCGAGCGACGAAAACAUCAGCUUACGGGUUCAUCCUAGUAUAGAUGGGUUCCCAUCAUUCGGCGGUGUAGGUAGCCAGGAUGAGAGCGAGGAUGCAUACAUGGAUGACGACGAUGACUUUGAUGUCACCUUACGGACUCCUUAUCGCUCAUACCCGUCGUCAGUGGCAUCCAACGCGUCUUCCUCUGUGGCGAGCCUGCCCAGUGCUUUGACCACCACCGACGCUUCGUCUCUGCGUACCAGCAGCUCAUCAGAGUCCACUCGCACCUUUCAUUCAUCUGAUUCGUCGCAUUAUGCAGGACAAAAACGUCCAUACCCGACUGUUACCAUGACAAGUCGAACUACGGCUGUUGGCGCUAUGCCCAGGAAUACCACCAUGCGUGGCAAGGCUACUACCACUGCCCCAUCCUACGAAAACGACCUUGACUCUGGCCCCAGCGAAACUGACGAUGACAGUGAUGACAGUGAUGGUGAAGACAGUGGAGCCAAGAGGAGAAAAGUUCUCGAGCCUACGCGGCGAACCACGUACCUACGUCCUACUGCCAAGCCCACUACAAACGUCCGGAAGCCUCCAUUGACUACCAGAAACUUGCCAGUAUCCACUCGUGGGAAAAUUAGUGCUCCUGCGCCAAAUUCUGGUACUCGCGGUAGUUCACGCAUCGCACCCCAGACGGUAGGAGUAGCUUCCCGUGGAGGUACUCUGCGUGGACAGACACGAAGAAGCACAUUGAAAUUGCCGUCGCAAGACGCUGGGACCUAUCCUCGCACGGCGACCGCACGAAACAAGACUUGAUGUCGGUUUCAUGACUUUCCCAAUCUCUUUCUGAGCUCCCCUUUCAUCCAUACAUGAGAACGAUUAUCAUUCACUGUACACAAGACCAUGUUGCUACCACAGUACAUACACAUUCCAUUGCAUUCAAAUCAUCGUUUGAGUAUCAGAAGUCUUGGUCUUGGCAUAGGUCAUUUGCUGUGGUCUUACUAGUAGCGUUUGCAUUGUUAAAGAGCUCGGCUGAUCCCUGCCAAUAUCCCCUCUGUUG